AAAAGGAAACCUGGCAGCGAGGCGUCCGAGAUGAAAUGAGCCGCAGUGUGGCAGCAGCGACGCCCGAGACCAAAGCUCAACAACACGGGCUCUAAUUCACACUGUCAGCCGCUGUUGAUGUGGUUGUGGAGCUUCACUGAGAGCGGACGUGGAGUGAGUCUGUACGGUCCUUUACCAGACUGAGCUGAGAGCGAGCGAGCGAGCGAGAGGGAGGACGAGCAGAGCUGUGCAAGCACCUCUACAGAAUGAAGAGCCUGCCUGUCCUGGCCCUCCUCCUCUGGAUAUGCUCUUUAUUUUAUAUGGGCAUCUUACUUUUCGUCGGGGGGUUCCUGCUGGUGCGGCUGGAGGUCAACAGGACCAGCACCUGUGCAGACGUCCUUCCCCCAGGAGCUGAUGUGAAAGGAGAUUUCUGUCUGAAGGAGCCGCGCUUCCGCAGAGCCGUCGUCCUCAUAAUUGACGCCCUGAAGGCUGACUUUACUCGUUACGACCCGGGGAACACCUCGCCCAGAGCUUUCGAGAACAAACUGCCCAUCCUGGACGAGAUGGCUUCGUCUCGGCCGUCCCAGGCCAGGCUGUACACCUUCAGGGCUGAUCCGCCCACCACUACCAUGCAGAGGAUCAAAGGAUUCACCACCGGCUCCCUGCCCACCUUCAUCGAUGUGGGGAACAACUUUGCCUCCAGCGCUGUCCUUGAGGAUAACCUUGUCCACCAGCUGGGUCAAGCAGGCAAGCGAGUGGUCUUCAUGGGCGACGACACAUGGGUCAGUCUUUUCCCCAGAAAGUUCCACCGCUCGCUCCCCUUCCCCUCCUUCAAUGUGAAGGAUCUACACACGGUGGACAACGGAAUCCUCCAGAACAUCUUCCCCACCAUGGAGGGAGACGAUUGGGAUGUCCUGAUUGCUCACUUUCUGGGUGUGGAUCAUUGUGGACACAGAUUUGGCCCUGACCAUCCUGCCAUGGCAGAAAAGCUCACACAGAUGGACGAAGUCAUCAGGUCAGUGAUUAAGCGACUGCAGAACGACACCCUAUUGGUGGUGAUGGGGGAUCAUGGCAUGACGGACACAGGAGACCAUGGUGGAGAGAGCCAGAAGGAGACGGAUGCAGCUCUCUUCCUCUACAGUGGAUCCCCUCUGUUCCCAACACCCGGCUCACAGAUGGAGCCGGAGGUUGUUCCUCAGACUGAUCUGGUGCCCACACUGGCUCUGCUGCUGGGAGUGCCUAUUCCAUACAGCAGCGUAGGACAGGUUCUACUGCCUCUCUUUCCCCUCAACAGUUCUCUGGGUGCAUCUAUGAGUCUCAGCCAGGCAGAGGCGCUGUGGAUCAACGUCAAACAGGUAAACCGGUUCCUGGAGACCUACUCAAACAUGGCCAAGGACAUUCCAGCAGACGGUCUGUCCCAGCUUCAGUCCCACUUCACCCAACUGUCUUCUCAGUACCUGAGCUCAGUCAGUGAAGGUGCUCCACCCUCAGCUGAGCUCACAGCCUCCAUGCAGGCUUACCUAAAUUCCGUUAGGGAAACCUGCCGCGCCUCGUGGGCCCGCUUUAACCCUCUUAAAAUGGCAGCAGGUCUGCUGGUCCUGGGCCUUGCUUGUGUAGCGUGUUUCGUUCUGACGGAGCUGUCCCUCAUGGUCCUACAGGGCAGCGUGUUGAAGGCUCCCUUGCUCUCCGGGCUGCUGGCGGGUGCAGCCGUAGCUGCAUGUCAGCUUUUCACGCUGGGCUUUGUGGAGGUUUCAUGGUGUUUUGGAGCGGGGGCACUGAUGUCUGAGGUCGCGUUCCUAUGGAGGAUUCGACGGGCUUUUACUCGUGGCAGCUCUAGUGCCCGUCUGUCUGUGUGGCUCCUCCUCAACCCACCGCUUCUUGUCCUCUUCCUGCGCUGUGCCUCUUUACUCUCGGACAGCUAUGUCAUCUCCGAGGGACGCGUGGUCACCUUUCUGCUCUUCACGCUGGGCCUCUACAUUCCGCUUCGACUGAACUGGGAUGGACUCCUGGUGCCCAGUCCUCCAUCGGACACGCAGAAACCUCCUGGGCUUCUCCCGCCUGCUCUGCCUCUCUCCACAGUCCGCCGCGAGAGCACCGCCCUGCUGGUCAGUGUAGCCAUUUUGGUGGGCUGCCUCUACCUUUCCCUGUCGUUCCACAGCUGCCGUGAGGAGCAGGGCUCCUGCCAACCUUCGGCCUUCCUCACACCACUCUCGCGAGUGCAGGACAGCCGCGUGCGCAACCUGCACUACAUCCUCUCUGUCGCCUCGCUCUUUGCUUGGGCGUUCCUCCUGCACCGCUGGCUGAGGCACUACGGCAACUUAAACUGCACCAGCGUGGCUGUGUUUACUGCCCGCUGCCUGCUCCCUUUGGCUUCUAUCUGCAUGGGUCUGCACUGGGCAGUCAGUGCCACUCCUGGAGACAGCUUCAGGAAUCUGGCAGAGCUGAUAAGCCUUGCACAGGUGGUUUUGCCGCGGAUCACCUUUGGACUCCUGGGUCUUGGGCUGCUGCUGCUGUGGCUUGACCCACUGACUGUGUUUCUAAAGAUGCGAGCGCCUCUGAACUCCCGUGGGACGUCUGUGCCCCCACCCAAGUAUCGCGCCAGCACUGGAGUUAGCCCUCAAGCGGAGCUGCACCACCUCAUACCACAGCUGUACCAGCGUAUCCGGCAGUCCCUGGAGGAUGGAGGGUCGGAGGGGGAUGAGGCGGACGGGCGUCCAGCUGUGGAGGCCUAUGGGCUGGGCACUGUGUACUCGGCACCGCUGGUCUUGCUCUGUGGGCUGCUGGGCUUGGGGCUGCUGCUGCUGCACGCUGAAGGCAUGGCAAUAGCCUUCCUGCUAAUGCUGCUGCAGGCCGCAGCUGUGCUGCACCUCCACUCCUCCUCCAGCACCCUCUCCAGCCUGCAGAGUCACUCCAGUGUGUUCAGUGUGCCCUGGGCUCCAGUGGUUCUGUGGUCUCUUGCUGCCUCCCAGUUUUUCCAUGCUACAGGUCACCUGCCCACCUUCCCCUCCAUCCAGUGGGGUGCUGCGUUUGUUGGCUUCCCUCAGGGCCACUCGGGCACGGUGCUACCUGCCUCGCUUGUCACUCUCAACACCUUCGCCUCACACAUCAUGUUUGCAGUUGGCUGUCCACUGCUGCUGUUCUGGCCAUUGGUGCAUGAGGCGCGCGGAACUCGAACCGGUCGCUCAGGUGAAGAUGGAGAUGAUGUGGUCAUGGAGAUGAGGCUGCGGGAAAACCCUCAGCAGUUCAGUUCAGCACUGCUGCAGCUUGCGGCGCGCUAUCUGUUCAUCACCGGAGCUCAGGUUUUGGCAUCAGUGUGUGCUGCAGCGAUCCUCAGGAGGCACCUCAUGGUGUGGAAAGUGUUCGCACCAAAGCUGAUGUUUGAGGCUAGCGGCUUCAUCGUGAGCAGUGUGUUCUUGCUGGUGGGAGUCACUCUGGUCAUGAGAGUGGACGUGGCCGUGGCUCGCUUAUUUCAGAAACUCCUUCCAGAAAAUUCCAGGUAGCACUAAAGGUCAUCUUCUCCAAUACAACUGCCAACAAGAUGGAAAGAAAUCAGGCCACUGUCAUGUCUGGACCAAAGAGGUCAUGAAUGGCCUCUGUUUCUCUGAACUCGUGAGGGGGGAAAUGGACAGCUGCUAAUGUUUUACACUCGUUUUGUUAUCACACAGACACUCUUAAUCUGAGCCAUCUGUGGCACCGCUGCCUUUGUAGUUGAAGUGGGAGAGGUGAUCAAGCAUGCCUUUAUACUGCCAUACACACCACUGACUCUGCGGUUAGUUUACUGAAGGGUUUAAACGGCUGGGCAUCUGCAGUAUUUUAAUGAAACGUACAGAUUGGGAGAGUUACUGUGAUGAAGGCUGACCUCAUGGGGAUGUUAAUGUAGAAUAGGCAUUCAUAAUAUCUGAUAAAGCAGGAUAUGGGGGAUUGUAAGCUAACUUUGGGCUCAAUUUAAGGGAGCACUGAGUUGAACUGACUGAAUGUACACAAGACAAAGCUCAGAGUACCUUAAAUUAAACCUGUUGUCAGGGUAACCAUCCAAAUUUACAGUAUCCCUGAACUGCAUAGCUUGGUGUAGGGCUGCAGCUAUAAUGGUUAUUUCUGUAUUCAAUUAAUUUAUCACUUAUUAUUUGAUUAAUCAAACCAUUGUGUGUUUUUCCCCUUUCCUUUUAAAAGUACAUCAUUCAAAGUUCUGUGGAAUGACAAGCCACUUCUUCUUAUAUGGUGAGACAAAACAGAAGCCGUGUUGCCCCCUGUGCUUUCUGUAGUGUCUUACUGAAUAACAGUUAUUUUGUUUUCAUUGGGUGCAAAUUCUAUAUGUUUUCAAUAUAUUACAAAAUCUAAAUAGAAUGCAUUGUAACAUAUUUUCAAAAUAUUCAAAUUUUGUGUAGACAGCUUUGGUUUUUAAGUAAAUUUAACUAAUUUACAUAACAGAAAAAUAAUCAGCUUUGUGGACUGAUUUUUGCAGCCCUAGGUUAGUGGUGGAUGGAGUAGCCUAAAUCCGUACUCAGAAGUAGAGGCACAAACGUACCAACUGAGAAACCUACUUUAAAUAACCUGUAGAGCUGUUAGGGAACUUCUCAGAACAGGGGUCAGAAGCGUGGCUGUUUUGCUGCCCUGUUGUACAAGAAACAUUCCACUUUUGAGGAAAAGUUUCCUGCUGGAGAUGUGAGAAAAGCAGCUAUAGCUGAGCUAAAAUUUAAAGCAGAGCAAAGUAAGUCAUUUAUGUUUUAGCCUAUACUGGUACAUGAGCACAUACUGAGACAAAUUUACAGCCAAGAUGGUAAAAUGAACAUAAAAUAUUGUGGCUUCUUGAUUUUUGUUGAAAAUGGCCAUUCCUAACAUUGGAGUUGUCGACCCCUGUCUUAGGACAUCCAGCACAGAAACUGAGGUUUAUACAGCUCUGUGUGGAUCCUUUCAGUUUAAAAUGUAACUGAGGAAAGACAUAUGACUUAUCACACUAAUAUACUUUCUAUAUAAAGUAUAUAGAAACUUUAGUAUAUAUAUAGUAUAGAAGUAAAAGUGUUAUCAUUUAAAAUACUCAAGCUACAAAUCUGUCAAAAUUUGACUUGAUUGACUCAAUGGCAUAGUAUCUGAGCAACUAGUUACUAUCCACCUCUGACUAUAAUGCAACCAUCCUGCUAAUUUAAUUGCUCUUUAAGCUGAUCUGCUGGGUUACAGCAGUGGGUUAACUAUGCAGUGCAGGGAUCCUCCAGGGCUGUAAGUGGGCAUCACUGGUGUAGAGUAAUAGGCUCCAAACCUGCACACCAGUUUACAUCUUCCUAUAGAAGAACAGUUUUGCCAGGUAGAAGAGAAAAAAGUUCUGGCAGCAGUUUGUGAAAAAUGUGGACGACGUAUCUUAAAAUAAUGACUUAUCCUGAAAUAAUUGCUUACUUUGUCAAAACACCAGAAUGUUGUCUUAAUAGCUCAAAAGCCCAGUCACACCUUAUUAAGUCCUUUGUAGAUGAUUAAUAAACUCUUAGCAGAUUAUCAGUAACACAUCAACAACAUAUCAGUGAUUGUCAAGAGCAUAUGUUCUUCACAGUGUCUUAUUAGUCUGUUGAGUUAGUUUUUUUAUUUAAAAGGACCACUUAAAAUAAAACGUCACCAAAAUCCCAAGAUAAAAUCUCAAAAUAAUAAAAUCCCAAAAUAAUAAGUUUUUGAGAAAAUAAUUCAUCAUUUCACCAUACCAUCUUAAAUCCCCAAGAAAAUGUGAUUAUUUUGGGAUAAGAACCUUUUUAACAUAACGAAAUUCAACAUGCAGUACUGCUGCCACAAACCGAGAAGCUAGCAGGAAUGGUAUUUCCUCCCUCUAGUUUUAUUCUCUUUUAAAUCUUUCUCUGUUUGCUUCUGUUGUGUAACAGCUCCAUGGUUAGCACCAUGUUACCUGUUCUGAUGGAACUCUUUCUUAGCAAUAACCGCUAUCAGUUUCAGGGUCAGUCCAGUAACAUUAAACUGUAAUGUUACUUUGCCGUUUUUGUCAAUACCUUGUCUCUGCUCAGCUGGUCUGGUCAAGUAAGAGGUCACUAGCUUUAUUGGCUGCCUUGAGUGAUGUGGUCGGAUGAAAUGCACUCAGUGCAUAUUGACUGUUAUUUAUUUAUUUUUCAUAUUUUUUGCGUUGCUGAUAAAUAGAUAAUUUCAUUGUUCUUGUUUUAAUGAGAAAUGAAUGGGUGAAGCACGAUCAGGUUCACUUUUAGCCAUAAAUUUAACAGCUAUGUUACUGCUCAUGUGGUGUGGGGGGUGUGGGGGGGGUGCGUUUUGUGUGGGAUGGUAUUGGCUGAUUGUAACUUUUACUGAAAUACAUUCAGUAAAAAGGAUUUCACUAAUGAAUUAAUGAAAGGAAGCGGGUUGAUUUAGAGGGUGUGAUUUAACUAUUUUUAAUUGUCUUAAAAUUGUCUUAAAUUAAAUGAUGUAGUGAAUGAGGGAGAAACUGAUUAAAUAUUUUAUACGGUUUAAAAAUU